AUGACGUUGUUGAAUAUUGGCAACGAGGUCAGGUGUGGUCGCAGAUCUGUGGAAACGGCUUCUAUCCCAGGGCGACCCCAGUCUGCCAAUGGUGAGGACACCAUUCACGUGGAGAAAGCCAUUUUGGAAGAUCGCCGUAUUAAUGCUUUUCAGCUGGCCCAAGAUGACAAAACCAGGAACGAGUUCAUUGUUCCAAGGUUCUUUUGGCCAUGUGCCAAACCAAAAGAGGGAGACUUUUUUGACAGAUUGAUUACGCAGGAAGAAACUUGGGUCUGUCACAAUGAACCAGAAACUAAGGCCCAGUCAAAACAAUGGAAACACUUUGACUUACCAUCCCCCAAAAAGGCACAUGUCACACCCUCAGCAGAAACUGUGGGAGGCUACCAAAACCAAGAGGUGCGUAAUGUUGACUAA